GCUUCGGAACUCUUAAUUGAUGCUGUCAGUAUGAGAUUGUCUUACAAUCUAUAAUUGUUUUAAUUAUUGGUGGCUAAUAAAAGCAAAAUACGAAAUUAUUCAUUUUGGAUUAGAUUUGAAAAGAAUGCAAACAACAAUUCAACGAUGUUUUGCAAUCAUAAUCCUUCUAAAAUUAUGCACUGCAUAUCGUUCAACUGAUAAUAUUGUGGUCUCAAAUAAUGGCUAUUGCACAUACAUCGGUGAAACUUUAACACGACAAGGUGGCAACGCACGUGAAGUGUUCAUAGGAGUCUCACUAUGUGAAGGACUUGUACAUCCAAUGGAUUCCGGUUUGGGUGGUGGUUUUCAAGGUGUGUAUUACGAUCAAGGUCAACAAGCCACAAGUGCAUUAUUUAUCGAUGCACGAGAAAAAUCACCAAAUAAUCCAAAUUUUAUCAAUUAUCCAAUACGAAAUGGUAACAGUAUUGGAAUACCAAGUGUUCUGGCUGGUUAUGAAUUAUUAUAUAACAUUGAACCACAUAAAAAUCGAUUACAGUGGAGUCAAAUUAUUCAGCCAGUGUUAAAUUUAUGUAAAACUGGAUUUUACAUAACGUGGAAAACGAAGGAAAUGUUUAUGAUACUCUUACAAAAUUAUGCAUAUCGUACGAACCUUCGUACGAACAUAGAAUUUAAAAAUAAUGUAAUGAGAAAUCCACAAUUAUGUGAAACGUUAGCUCAAAUUAGUAAAGAUGGUCCAUCGUCAUCUAUGUAUAAACCCAAUGGAAUCUUACAUCAAGGUCUAUUAAACGAUUUACGAGCAUCUAAUUCAUUCAUAACUUCAAAUGAUAUUGUUAACUAUCGUGCCAGAGCAGAAUUACCCGCAACAAUACGUUUCGAUAAGUACACAGUAUUUGCAUCAAAAGUACCCGGCAGUGGACAAGCAAUAUUAUUUGCAUUAAAAAUAAUGGAAAGAAUGCGUGUAAUUAUUAGACGACAAGCAACAGAAGCGGAGAAGAUUGUGUACUUAUUGAAAAUUUUAAAGUACGCAUAUGCGUUACAAUCAAACUUACGUGAACUACCAGAAAAAACUAUCAAUAAAAUAAUUCAAUCGGGUUCGUCAAUUGCUGAUGGAAUUAUCAAGAACGGUAUCAAAUGUCGCAGUACCAUUCCAACAAAAUUUGGUAACGUAACAUUAGCACGAAUUGAAGCACCAAGAGAUCAAGGUACAACAAAUAUUAUUAUAAAAGUUGGUAAUAGUGCAGUAACCGGUUCCAGUUCAAUUAAUUCUUUAUUUGGAUCGGGUAUACAUUCAGAAAAUUUGGGUAUUUUCUAUAAUAAUCACUUAAGAGAUUUUAGUAAAUCAACAUGGCGACGUAAAGGGAAACCAUUACAGAAUGUAAUUGGACCAAAUAAAACACCAAGUUCGUCGAUAGCACCAAUAAUAAUGGUGAAUUCAAAUGGUGAACCAGUAUUUCAAAUUGGUUCAGCUGGUGGAGCGAAAAUUCUCAGUGCAAUUAUAAACACACUUUAUAAUUAUUUUGUUUUGGGUAAAACGUUGCAGGAUUCAAUACAUGCAUGUCGAAUUCUACCGAAAUUUAGCUAUGCACGUAAUAAUGUUAAAUUUCAAUAUGAAUGUGGUAAUGAAGUUGUUGCAAAUUAUUUAAGACAAAAUGGAAUUGAUUAUAAACAAAAUGAGAUAGCUGGACAUUCGGCAGUAACUGCUAUGUCGAAAAUGGGACGAGUUCCCGAAGCAGUAUUCGAUUAUCGUCGAGGUGGUGCUUAUUAUAUAAGUCCACCUACAUACUAUUGACGUGUCUUUUAAUCCGGAUGAUGUAAGCAUGCUGUGAGAUGUCUGGAAGACUAAUUUCAAUUAGUUUAACACAACUAACAGAAAAAUUCGAAUAAUUAUAUUCGAAGUUUUAUUUUUGUAGUUUUUUCAUAGUUGAUUGCCCGCUUGGCAAAUUUUUUUGGACAAUGUUAGUGAGAGUUCUAAACGAACACCGUAGAAAGAUUUUAUAGAACUGUGAUUUUAAAUUUUCGAAAUAAGAUAUUUCUUCAUUCUUUUUAAAAAUAACCCAAUCGUCUUCUGAGGUCGAAAACUCGAAACAAAAAUGCCUAAUUUUAUGAAGCGUUCACUCGCCUUUUUCAUGUUCAAUUAGACUGAAUUAUAGUUACAAGUUUUGUAUUAGUUUGUACAUGGAAAUUAGAAAGUUAUGUG